AAACCAAUGUAUCAAAAAAAAAAUCACAAAUAUAUGUUGACGAAUUAGAAGCAUUAGAGAUAGACUUUUAUACACAACCGAAGGAUCCUAAUAAUUCAUUCUGCCAAUUAGCAGAAUUUACAGAAAUGAUGU